CUGAAAAGUCACAAGACUUAACAGAAGUAAGUCAUAUGAUCAAUCAAAUAAGCUUUGCGUUUCACGUCCGUAAUUUGGGUGUCUCUUGUUAAGUGAAGGCGUUGUCUGUAUCUUCAUUAACUUAUAUCUCUUGAUAGUAUUUCUUGAAAAAGUUCACCAUGGCUUUGAGCGACGUUGAUGUACAAAAGCAGAUCAAGCAUAUGAUGGCUUUCAUUGAACAAGAGGCAAACGAAAAGGCAGAAGAAAUCGAUGCCAAGGCCGAGGAAGAAUUUAAUAUUGAAAAGGGGCGCCUUGUUCAGCAACAACGUCUCAAGAUUAUGGAAUAUUAUGAGAAGAAAGAGAAACAGGUCGAACUCCAGAAAAAAAUCCAAUCGUCUAACAUGUUGAAUCAGGCUCGAUUGAAAGUAUUGAAGGUUAGGGAAGAUCACGUUCGUACCGUACUAGAGGAGGCGCGUAAACGACUUGGUCAGGUCACAAACGACCAGGGAAAAUAUUCCCAAAUCCUGGAAAGCCUCAUUUUGCAGGGAUUAUAUCAGCUUUUUGAGAAAGAUGUUACCAUUCGAGUUCGGCCCCAGGACCGAGAACUGGUCAAAUCCAUCAUUCCCACCGUCACGAACAAGUAUAAAGAUGCCACCGGUAAGGACAUCCAUCUGAAAAUUGAUGACGAAAUCCAUCUGUCCCAAGAAACCACCGGGGGAAUCGACCUGCUGGCGCAGAAAAACAAAAUCAAGAUCAGCAAUACUAUGGAGGCUCGUCUGGAGCUGAUUUCGCAGCAGUUGGUGCCACAAAUCCGUACGGCUCUGUUUGGACGUAACGUCAACAGGAAAUUCACCGAUUAGGCAUUUAUUUGGUGGUCAGUUUUGCAUGUUGUAUUCUGCAAUUCGCUGUAAUUGAAACACUAAAGUGUUUCGGAAAGUUUUAGCUGAAUUAUGUUCAUUAGGAUAUCGUGGUUACUGGAACAUUAAUCUGUAUAUAACAUAUUCCUUGUUAAUAGUAUUUUUUUUGUUUUAU